GAGAGGAGGAGAGAGGGAGAAAGUGAGCUCACGUUCACACAUUGGUGAAGAGGCUGGUCUUGCGAUGCCUUUGAAUAUUUUACUUUUAGGCAGUUCCCCAUCAGUCAGCCACACACACCCGAGACGAGCUGAAGCGAACUACAGCCAUGGCCAGCGCUAGGAGAGCUGAGAUCUAAUUGCAUGCAUCACACUGCCGGGAUAUUUUUUUAAAUUACAGAUAUCUAAACACGCCGGCAGGCAGCCACGCUCGCACACACACACACACACACACAUAUACAUCCACCCGUCGGCAGAGCCGCUGAGCAAACACCUUGUCUCUGCUCGCAGGAUAUACCCGCUCGCACGCAUCUCGCUUUAUCUCCUCCUGGCUUCCUGGAGGAUCCUGCCGGCUGUUUUUCAUGGAGAAAGUCCAGGGAGAAAUGGAGAUUGAGAGGUGGGAAAGAAGUGAAGAGAUUUCAGACGCCGAGAAAAAGGUUAUUCAAGAGACAUGGAGCAGAGUAUAUGCAAACUGCGAGGAUGUUGGUGUCUCCAUACUCAUCAGGUUUUUUGUCAACUUCCCCUCGGCCAAGCAGUACUUCAGCCAAUUCAAGCACAUGAAGGACCCGCUGGAGAUGGAAGGGAGCUUGCAGCUGCGUAAGCACGCUCGGCGGGUGAUGGGUGCCAUUAACACUGUGGUGGAGAACCUCGAUGACUCUGAAAAGGUCUCCUCUGUCCUGGCCCUUGUGGGCAAAGCGCAUGCCCUCAAGCACAAAGUGGAGCCCAUCUACUUUAAGAAACUCACUGGUGUCAUGCUGGAGGUCAUUGCUGAGGAGUUCGCUGAUGACUUCACCCCGGAGGCACACGGUGCCUGGACCAAGAUGAGGAGCCUCAUCUACACCCACGUGACGGCGGCGUACAAGGAGGUGGGCUGGGCGCAGUAUCCCACCGCCACCCUGUGAGCGGCCGGCGGGGCCGGGCGAGGGGCAGGGGGGGCUUCGCUCCCCCCCAGGACUUCACUCUGGUCUCUUCUCCAAGAUCUUCGCUCAAGUCUGGGGAGCCCGGUAGGGCCAGCUCUGUUAGAUGCCAAGUCGCAAUUUGAUCUCCACGGGGUUUAAAAACAAACUAAAUAAGCCAAAAAAAAAAAAAAAAAGAUAAUGAAGGGUGUGGGUGGGUCAGGGUGAAGUGGUUGCAGGGGACGCUGGAAGGGGAUGCGGAGCGCGAGGGGGAGCAUUGGUUGUUGGCUCCAUUUUAUUGUCCUGGCCUGUCCAUCACCAUGUCCCCAGUCCUACAUCUCACUCGCACCACCUCAAAGUCCCUUGCACAAGCCCUGCUGUGUAGUAGUGACCAGCAGCCCCGUCUGAUGAACAACACAACUCUUUUCCAUGCAAAGCCCCUAGGUAAACCUGACUCCUCACUUUUGGGAGCACGAUGAAUAUGGGGACUGGCUGGGACCAAAACCACUUUGCUUUGCACUUUCUGUACUCGCCUGGCAGGGCUGAUGGCCACGGUCAGAGCCGCUCUCGCUGCCCAUUGCCUAGCACCGUGGCCGGCAGCCGCCUCUGCCUCUACAUCAUCCCCUGUCCCUCUCCUUGGAAUCUGCUGCAAACCCUCCUGGGAAUGGAGGGAGCGAGGGGGUGGGAGAGACCUGUCCCCCCAGUGUGAGUGAGUGGGGAAGGUGGGGAUGCCUUUGGGCUGCCUCCCCUUGUAACUCUGAGCACGGUGUGGAGGUGGGAACCUUGUGGCAGAUACAGGGAGCUGGUGAGACUCCCCUGUCUCCCUUCAGCCCCCGCAUGUAGCAGAGAUGUGCAGGAGGGCGGGCUUGGGUGGCACACGUGCCAUUGCCCUGGGAGGUCAGCCUGUCUGUCUGUCCAGCAGCAGCAGGGUGGUGUGGGGGUGUCGGGCUGGGGCAGCUCUGCCCCACUCGCUGAGAAAAGGGCAGUGGUGAGGAGGGGGAAAGAUGAAGCAGACAUAGCAGGAGGGAUUCCUGGGUGUGAGGAAAGGUCCCUGCUCUCUUAAAAUGAAUAAAUAACUUGUUAUGUAGAGCAUAUUCCUGCCCUCUUGGUAAAACUGCAUUCCUUAAAUAAAGUGCCUGUUAGAGACAAGCCCACGCAGGAGCUGUGUCCUCCCCCAGGGCCCACAGUGCUCCUUGCUGUGCCUGGCAAAGGGCUCCCCCCAAAAAAAAACAGAUGUGGCUGCAGGGCUUGCAGCACUCAUCUUCCUCCAACACCAACUCCUGAAGAUGUGGGUGAGUCUGCUUAGUUUUGCUGCCUCAGUUUCCCCAUUGGUUACAGAAAAGAGAGGAGGAGCACAGCCCCAUUGCCUCCUGCACACAUGUGCUUGGAUUUAUAGGAUGCUCUGAGGACUGAUUCCUAAAGGACUGGGGAUGAAGCAUCAGAUGUGCUAGGAAGCUUUGUCACUCUUGCCACCCAGUGUUUCCCAAAAUACCUCUGUUGUUUUAAAGCUCUAGCAUUAAGGGCAAUGUUACCUAUCGAAGUGCAGGCGGGUUCCCUUCUGAGAUUUCCUCGGGCCUCUCUCCGCGGCUGUGACAGCAGCUGGCAGCUUUUGGGGAGAGAACAGCUCCUCUCUUGGAUGUGGGUUUGACAGGCAGCGAGCCCACAGUCCUGGCUGGGUCCCCUUGGCUACCCUGGGGACAUCCCCCUGCCAUGGGGACACUGGGCAGUAGUGACUCUCCUGGGGUAGAACUCCCUCCUCUGGAGCAGCCAGCCAGAAACUCCUGUUUGCUCACCCACAGCAAGUUCAUCUGCACUUUCAGACACGCCCAGGGAAUGUUUUUGGGUUUUUUUCUGAUGUUUUGUUUCCAUACAAAGGGGCUCCUCUGCCCCCCAGCCCUGACACUGCUGAGGGACAGCCCAUACAAAGGGGCAAACUGUGGACCACCACCAUGUUCCUUGCAUGCUGAGGGACCUGGGGGGUUCAGCUGGAGAACAGGAGCCGAGAGGAGACUUUCUGAUCUCUGAACUGCCUGAAAGGAGCUUGGAGCCAGGGGGGGUCGGGCUCUGCUCCCCAGGAACAAGCAACAGGAUGAGAGGAAAUGGCCUCAAAUUGCACCAGGGGAGGUUUAGAUUGGAUCUUUGGAACAAUUUCUUCCCGGAAAAGGCUGUUGGGCAUUGGAACAGGCUGCCCAGGGCAGUGCUGGAGUCACCAUCCCUGGAGGGGUUGAACUGUCAGAGAUGAGGUUCUCAGGGACAUGGGGCAGUGCCAGGGGUGGGGUGCCGGUUGGACUCGAUGAUCUUGAGUGUCUCUUCCAACCAAAAUGGUUCUAUGAUCCCUUGCAUGUCUAGCAGAGACACGUUUCAAACAGCACUGUUGGCCAAGGUCAGGAUGAAGCCCAUGCAGAUGGGAGAAGACCUGUUUAGCCUUUGACCUUUCUCCGGUGUCAGACUGGAGAGCAAAUGCUUGGAGCAAGGCUAUUAGGUAUCUUUUUUGGGUGCAUCACAGGACUCUCACAAGUGCAGCUCCAUCCAUUUGUGCCAAAACCUUGAGGCCAGCGACGCAUAUUUUGGAUGAGUUCAUGUACUCCCCGUGCUCUGCGGAUGCUGGGCCAGGGGUGUUUCUGUACAGGGAUGGUUCAUCUUUAGGAAAAGUUCACACAUUAACCUCUGAGUUUAACACUCUCCAGGGGUGGGAAUUUUAUUUUUUCAGGGCAAGCCCUUCCUCUCCCUUCCCACAAUCAAAAUUGGGCUUGGUUGCAAUCAGCAGGGAAAUGAUUUUGGGGUGGAAAGUCCCCACGUUCAUGCCUGACCCACUCGAGUGCCUUGGCUUUGGGGGAGCAGCAGGGAGAGGUCGGCCCCACCUCCCCUUGGAGAGGGACUUGGUUUCUUCUUGUUCUUUUUUUUCUCUCUUUUUUUUUUUUGCAUUUCUAGAAAAAACUGCCCUAUGACCUCCUGCGCCCACGCAUGUGUGUGCUGGGGUUGGGUUUUUUUCCAGGCACAUUUUUCUAAAACAAAUCCAGAUGCGUGCAGCUGCUGUCCCUCGAGGAGCCUCCCUAUCAGCCACUUUGCAGGCCGGUUGAAUAUAUGCAAACAUAAAACAUAUUUAUUUUUACCAGCUCUGUAGGAAGGGAGAUGAAUCGGGGAGGGUGGCCAGGGCAGAGCUCAUGAGGGGGAAGAGAUAAAGCGAACGCCCCCUCUUCACCACCCAUAGCAGAGCAGGCAUUACUGAAAUCGGGGAAAAUCCUCAUCUGUUGAGAGAUGAAAAUGAACAGAAUAAAGGAGAAAAAUACCAUUCCAGAGUGACAGGGCUGAUAAAUGCCAGGCGGAAGAGCAGAAAGGGAGGCUGGGUCCUGGUUCAGAGCGUGGCUUUCUGGCACACACAUGCAAAUGCCUGCACGGCUGCUCCCUGUCACCCCCAGCCCUGUUCACCACCCCCCCGAGCACCUUGUCCUGGCUCCUAUGGGGACAUCUGCUCAGGUCAACCAGCUCAUGUCCCCCACAGCCCAAGUUUGACGCUGUGUUUGGCCAGAGGGAGCUCAGUGCUGGAAGCGUUGGGUACAGGAUGGGGCACAGACCCCAUCCUUCUGUCCCCCCCUCCCUAUAGCCAACACCCAUGGCAGGUGUAGCUCCAUAUCUACCUGGCCAGCUAGAGAGACUCACCAAUGUCACCAGAAGACAAGGAACCCUUGAGGACCUUGUGUCACCACCCUCGUCUUCUCUUACAGCAAGACAAACCCCUACAACCAAGCCACAGGCUCUCCUGGGGCAAUCCUCCUGCAUCUCUGCCAGUUUGCUCCCAUUUGACCCAGUAAAGGGGAUCCCAAUUCUCCCCACUCUCUGGGGAUGUGCCCAGUGACCUCAGUGGGGACCAGAUUUGGGCUGGCUGGGCUCUGUGGCUGGAGCUCAGCACUCCCUGCCCCUUGCCACGGGGAAGCCCCCCUGGUGCACUGAGGUCAGUGUGGGGACCAGCACCAGUGAUGCCAGACUGGAAGGGAAACCCCUGAGCUAACCUUGGACCAACUAAUCCAAAAGGGAGGGAUUGAAACUACCCACCAAGGUCUGACCUAUUUAACAGACCAUGACACUAAUUAUUUUCCAUAGCCGAGGUUGUCUCUAAUUGUCAGUAUGUCUUAACCAGUCCCGCCGUGACCCACAGACAUGAGCUGACGUGGUCUGAUGUAACUCCGUGUCUUUCCUGUUCCUGCUGCCGAUACUGUCCAUGUACGUGUUUCUCGGCGCUUCUGUGCUGGUUUUAUACAUGCCGUUCCGUGUACGAUGGGUGUAACUUGUUGUUUUCUUUUUGUAGGUUUUUAGUAUGUUUGUAACCGGACAGAAUGGUGUUAUUAAACCGAAACUUGUAUCUUCAGUGGAUAAAUCAAUCAAACCCC